UGAAACAGUGCAACAGGUAUGGAACAGCUCCUUUCAUUGUUGCCUUCCUUCAUUUCUUUGCACCGUUAUUUCCAGACCAGGUAAAAUCGGCAAGUUGUUCCUGACUGAGAACACAGAAGCGGAGUUACAGGAACAGCCUGAGAAAAUGGCAUGUAACAUACCUAACCAAAGACAGCGGACUAUGUCGACAUCUGGAGAAGCUCUAUAUGAAAUUCUUGGUCUGCAUAAGGGAGCAUCAAAUGAAGAAAUUAAGAAAACCUACAGAAAAUUGGCCCUGAAACACCAUCCAGACAAGAAUCCAGAUGAUCCAACCGCUGCUGAAAAGUUUAAAGAAAUCAACAAUGCCCACGCAAUACUUACUGACGUGUCAAAGAGAAACAUAUAUGACAAGUACGGAUCUCUGGGACUCUAUGUGGCCGAGCAAUUUGGAGAUGAAAAUGUUAAUACCUACUUUAUGCUGUCAAGCUGGUGGGCAAAGACCCUGUUUGUCAUCAUUGGCCUCUUGACUGGCUGCUAUUUUUGCUGCUGUCUGUGCUGCUGCUGCAAUUGCUGCUGUGGACGAUGCCGGCCCAAGUCAUCCGUGUCAGAAGAGGACUUCUACGUGUCCCCAGAGGACCUCGAGGAGCAGAUCAAGACUGACAUGGAAAGAGAUGUGGACUUUCCUGUUGUUCUCCAGCCUACAAAUGCAAACGAGAAAACACAGCUAAUCAGAGAAGGACCUCGAAGUUAUUGCACAGACUCUUAAUAUUGAGCCCACUGAGGGUUCACAGUGCCUGCUCUUGGUUCAGCCAUGUCUCCAGGUGGUAAUGGGGGGAAGGUAGGGACCAUGAAAUGCUGUGAACUUUUCCAUAUUUGUAUUUUAUUUUUAGGUAUGGAAAGAUAAUUGCUACAUAACUUCCUCAGUAUACACAUUCGCUCUUUGAGUAGAAUUCCUAAUGAAACACAUUCCAUUUUAAUGAAUAACCGCCUAAAGAGUUGUUUUAUGCUCCUUCCAUGAGGUAAGAAAGUGGCACUGGACAGGCUUUAUAAGCCUGCCCUUCACGUGAGCCAGACCUCAUUCCUUACAGACUAAAGUAGCAUUCCAAAACAGAAGCCACUUUUCAUCUAUUUAGCUAAAUGCAAUAUUCGUAUCUGCCCUAAAUAUCAUCAGUAAAAUAUACAUGAGAAUUUAGGAGAAAAUUUCCGGGUGUGUGGAGAUCUUUCCCUGUCAAUAUUCAAUAUGGUUACAGAAAUUUCAAGAGGCAGGAAGAAAUUAUUAGGUUAAAAAAAGGCAAACCAUAUUAUUUUAAAGUAUGCUUUUGAAAGAUUAAAAAUUAUCUUUCACUGAAAACUGACCAGUAAAACCAGGAAGAACAGGUUUUGUGUGUACUUUUAAAUUGACAACAAAAACAAAACUUCAACCUGGUUAAAUGUUAUAAAUGAUCCAGAAAAUCAUUCUGAGCUCAAACCAGCCCCAAACAAUGUGUUGGCCAUUUUUAAGUAAAAAUAAUUUCUGUACAACUGGCCUACAUUAGCCAGACUAAAAAAAAAAAAAAAAAAAAAACACAUGAAGUAAAGAGCAGAAUUCUAAAUUCUUUAACCUAAAUUUAGAUUUAAAGGCAUAUCACUUACCCCAUUUUUGGUGGGAUUAUUUACAUUGACCAGAAAAUGCUCAGCUCUGUUCAUGUGGAACAUUUAAGCUUAGAGCUUAUCUCUGCAUUUUACUUGUUUGAUCUUCAUAUUCAUUAUAUGGUAGAAACCAUGUGCUUUUUUCCAAAAUAGUACAGCAGCAAAAGUGUUUGUUUUUCUAGGCCUUUCCUAGAUCUUUAUAUAACAUUACAUUUUUCAAGAUCUUGUUAUGUUUUUAUAUAUAGUAUUAUUAAAUGUCAUUUUCUUUUUUCUUUGUUUCUUAUUCCCUCUA